AUGGCUGCUGUUGCCACCAAAGGCCCGGCCGCUGAUCCGGCCUCCGCUUUACAGAUAGCGCAAGGUGCUGCCUCGAUCCUUGCAAAGUCGUCCUCCGUCAGUACGACGUUUCCUGCAUCUAUGUUCAACACAGCGGACUCGGCAGAGCUUUGGGACGAUCUGGAGCAACUCCUCUAUGCAUGUCUACGGACGGGUGACGACAAAUCUGCUUUCUUGUGCGUGGAGCGACUGAGCCAGAGGUUCGGCGCAACGAACGAAAGAGUAAUGGCUUUGCGAGGGCUAUACCAGGAGGCUACUGCACCGGAUGAAGCUGCUGGGCGAAAGAUACUGGAAGACUAUGCCAGAAUAUUACUGGAGAAUCCUAUGAACGUGCCCAUACACAAACGACGGAUUGCCCUAAUGCGCAGCCUGGGAAAGCCCCAAGAUGCCAUAUCGGACUUGGUCCAGUUUGUCGACUCCUUCCCCACGGACAUGGAGGCGUGGUGCGAACUGAGUGACCUGUAUCAUUCCCAAGCAUGCAUCCCGCAAGCGAUCUUCUGUUUGGAGGAAGCCCUCAUCAUUGCACCUAAUGCGUGGAACCUUCAUGCACGACUGGGCGAGUUGGAAUACCUGGCAAGCCUGUCCGUGACGGAGUCCGCCGAUAUCCAGAAACACCUGACGCAGGCAAUCCAGCGGUUCAGUCGCAGCAUUGAACUUUGUGACGACUAUCUGCGGGGGUUCUACGGUCUCAAGAUGGCUGCAGAUAAGCUUCUGCGGACGAACACGACAUCAAAGGGGAACACCGGCUCAACGACGCCCCCAGAAAAGCUGCAGAAGUUGAGUCGGCUGGCCACGUCUAAACUUGAAGCGAUCGUAAAGGAUCGCACUGCGCGCAGAUCAUCUGGGGCAGAAUCACCCGAAGUUAUUGCAGCUCAGGAAUUGUUGAACAGAUCCAAGGGUUGA